AUCAUUGGUUUCCAGUUACAAAGCUUGCUCCAAUAGUGGUAUCAGAGCAAAAAUCUCAAACGAGACCAGUACUCGACAACCAUGGCUGAGGCAACACCCAAAACCACAGAAUCUAUCCAGUCAAGCAAUGGCAAAAUUGUGAUAACCACACCUGCUGUUACCAACACUAAUAGCAGUUCACACAACAUAAUAGCUUUCGUUGUUGCCCAAUUUCCAGUCAAACUCACCUCAGAUAAUUACACCAUGUGGAGCCGACAAUUCACAUCACUGCUUCGAGUUUAUCGACUGACUGAUUUUUUACAGGGCACCAGGCCAUGUCCUCCAGAGGAUGACUUACCCGACUCACCAUAUGAUUUAUGGGUGAGGCAAGAUCAAUCAAUACAAUAUGCAAUUCUGACUUCAGUGUCAGAAUCCAUUCACCCGUAUGUCUCUAGUGCUGAGACGUCACAUGAAGCUUGGGUGAUUCUUGAAAGGCUUUAUGCAAAUAGCUCUCGCACAAGAGUAAAUGCAUUGAAAGAAAGGCUACAAAACCUUCGAUGUGAAGGUCGAGCAGUGGCAGAAUAUCUUCGCAUCGCAAAAAAUUUGAUUGAUCGGAUUGGAAACGCAGAAAAGGUACCCCUAAGCAACUCUGAUAUUCAAGUUUAUCUUCUUAAUGGUUUGGGACAUGAAUACAAGGAAUUCAAGGCUUCAAUUCGAGCCCGUGAUGGACCCCCACUGUCAUUCGAAGAUUUACAGGACAGACUUUUAGCUCAUGAAGAGUCCUUACAAAGAGAGGAAGCCCUUGUCAAUGAUAAUAAUACACCCAUUACAGCACAAUUUGCUUCUGUGCAUCCUCGCAUAGUUGGGAACCACAACAGCUAUGGUGGCUUCAGUGACCGAAAUUUAGUAGAGCUCAAAAAUCAUGCCCAUGUUGCCAACUUUGCUACAACUUCCACUUCGAAAAAGGGUGAUUGGUGUAUAGAUUCUGGAGCCUCUGAUCAUGUUACUCCUGACUUGGCAAACUUGGCACUUCACUCAGAAUAUGACAGGCCUGAUGAACUGCUAAUUGGUGAUGGAUCAGGUUUGACUAUUUCACAUGUGGGUCACACCACACUUCCAACCAACACUAAGCCUUUAACCUUAAAAAAUGUUCUGUGUGUACCUCAUGCCCCGUGUAACUUGAUUUCUGUUUCCAAAUUAUGUCGCAAUAAUAAUGUGUUGAUUGAGUUUCACUCUGAGUAUUUUCUUGUGAAGGAUCGCACUAUGGGGGUGACGCUUCUUCGAGGACCCAAUCAACAUGGCGUUGAGCAUGACUUCCUUUUCCACAAGCCACCUCCCCUUGCAACCGGUACCACCGUGCCUCAGGCUCGUCCUCAAGUAGCAACCCCCAGUGUGUCCUCCUCAGAAAUUAAUCAGGUAUGCUCCCUCAACUCUUUCUCUAGUUCUCAUUCGGCCCAUGCCCUUACCUCUUCACCCAUUCUUUUACCGGCCCACCACUGCACAACCCCACCAGUUCCACAUUGUUCUCCCUUGCGGUCAAGUGCCCAAUCAUCUCCACCCACCAAGGCUGACACAAACUCCAUGUCUCACCAACCUACAUCCACCUUACCUUCAUCUCCUGCCACAAGCUCACAGCUUAUGCCCACCAAUGCUACCUCACUUUCUCCCUCUUCCAAUGCCACCACCGACUCAUCUCUAACCCCACAGCCACCACCUGUACCCUCCCGCACCCAUGGCAUGAUCACUAGGUCUCAAAAUAAUAUUUUUAAACCCAAGACCCUAUUUACUAUGACUAAACACCCAAUUGAUCCCCCUCUAGAACCCACUUGUGUUAGUCAAGCCUUGAAACAUCAUCACCGGCAUCAAGCUAUGUCUGAUGAGUUUAAUGCCUUGGUAAGACAGGGUACGUGGGAGUUAGUUCCCCCUAGUAACCAUCAAAAUGUCAUUGGCUGCAAGUGGGUAUUCCGAAUUAAACGUAACAACGAAGGGAGAGUGGAAAGGUAUAAAGCUCAUCAUGUGGCCAAAGGGUUUCAUCAACGACCUGGUUCUGAUUACUUUCAUACUUUCAGCCCUGUUAUUAAACCUAUUACUAUCAAAAUUGUGCUUUCUCUGGCACUUAAUCAGAAUUGGCCCAUUCGUCAACUUGAUGUCAACAAUGCUUUUCUCCAUGGGAAGCUCGAAGAAGAACUAUUUAUGGCCCAACCACCUGCGUUUGUUGAUGCUAGCUUACCCCAGCAUGUUUGCAGGCUUCGGAAAUCUAUAUAUGGUCUGAAACAGGCCCCUCGCACCUGGUUUAAAGAGUUGAGGAUGUUUCUACUUUCUCAUGGGUUCCAGAAUUCCAGAUCAGAUACCUCUCUUUUUAUAUAUCAUCGUGGCUCUGAUUGCCUAUAUUUUUUGGUUUAUGUUGAUGAUAUUAUUGUGACCUGCAGCAACCCGAAGUUAGUUGAUUCGUUAAUCAAGUUGAUGGGGAACACCUUCUCUAUUAAAGAUUUUGGUGCUCUUAAUUAUUUCUUGGGUGUUAAUGCCAUUUUCACUCCUGCAGGCCUUUUUCUUUCACAGGCUCAGUUCAUUCGUGAUUUAUUGGAUAAAUUUGGUAUGGCUGAGGCUAAACCGGUUUCCUCCCCAAUGGCUACUACUGCUCUUCAGUUGCACCAAGGGUUUGUCUUUCAUGGACUUCUACUUCGCCGGCAACCUUUGUCUCCUCUUCAUGCCUUUUCUGAUUCUGAUUGGGCCGGUGACAAGGAUACCCUUCAGUCUACCACUGGCUUCAUUGUGUUCUUGGGCAGCACUCCAAUUUCUUGGAAGGCUUGUAAACAAAAGGUUGUUGCUCGUAGUUCAACUGAGGCGGAGUAUCGUGCGUUAGCUGCUACUUCCUCUAAGGUCAUUUGGGUCUGUAAUAUUCUCCGCGAACUGGGUCAUCUUGUCUCUUCUCCGCCUGCCAUAUACUGUGAUAAUAUUGGUGCCACUCAUCUUAGCAGCAAUCCCGUAAUGCGUACUCGCAUGAAGCACAUUGCCAUUGAUCUUCAUUUUGUGCGUGAAUUAGUGGAUUGAAAACUGUUGUGGGUCAGUCACAUCUCCACUGUUGACCAACUUGCCAAUGGGCUAACUAAACCUUUAUCUUCAGC